GGGUUAGGCAUUUUUACAUGUUACUGGGCACAUCAUACUCGAUAAAUACACUGUGAUCUUCGAAAGAGAAAGUUGUUAUGAUCUGGGGAGUAAGAGAUGAGUUGAGAGGCAUAAUAUGCAGCGGCAGAAAUAACUCCGCCGCGCAUUUAUCGAGAGUAAACAGUAUAAUCCAAUGGUACAGCGAGAAGCUUGAGUUUGAUACCGAAGAGGCUACUGAAUGCUUGACUACAGAAUCGACCGCGGAACUGUACAUGCGCAAUUCAGGCAUUCAUCGGACUCUUUUCGGAAGAGAAGACGCAAUUCCUUAGCGCGGGCAUUCGAUCAGAAGAGUCGGCGAUCGAUUACAGGACGGUGUCUGGGAAGUAGCAGCAGCAGCAGCAGUAGCCAUGUUUCCUGGCGAUCCGAGGCAGCCGACCGCCGCUAAGCCUUACGUGCAUCCCGUAAUGAAUCCCGUAGAUUUACCGCCUGAUUAUUCGAGUCUUCUGGCAGUGAUGUUUGGGGUUGUCGGUGUAAUGCUUCGAAAUAAAGCGGGAUCGUGGUUGGCACUCAUAUUCUGUGUUCAAUCGUUUGUCAAUAUGAAGAAUGUCGAGACAGAUCUGAAGCAAGUCGUGAUGGCACUGACAUUCGCCGUCAUGGGAAUGGUGACCAACUAUCUUGGGCCCGCAUCCAAGGCAUAAUCGCCUGGAUGGGGAACCAGUUUUCCUUUGUAAUCUGAUAGAAAAUAUUCAGGCAUACUUUUGCCUUCGGAGCAGGCAGGACACCAAAGUGCCUGUGGAAUGUCAAGUCGGUGCAUCUGCUGAGAGUGAUGUUCCAUCAGUCGGAUCUUGGAACGGUUUUACGUUCCAACCGCUAGGGUUCGGGUCUGAGCAACUCGCAGUCCGGUUAUCAUGGAUUCGGUUUCAGAGACCGUGAUUUGCCAGCCAGUCUGAGAUAGGUUGAUCAUGCUAUUGGAUUGGUUUGUAGACUUUGGGACCACUUAGCUGGGUCGUGCACCUGUCUUCUGAUUUGGCGGCAUUUGGAGAUUGCAAGUUAGUAAUACGUCGUCAUACCUUCAUGUUUUCCAAUGCAAUUCACGCUCUAGUGACUUCUGUACACGGCGUGCUCCCUGCAAAUUGAAAAUAAAAUUCGUCCUCUCGCUAGUUCUGCUUGGCAUUGCGCUUGCGGUCUUGAUCUCGCGUGUGUGGUCAUAUCCAAAACUAAUAUUUUUCUUAUGCCAUGUCGUACAAUGUAUAGGAAUUUUGAUGUAGCCACAUCAAAAAUGCAUCAUAAGCUUAAAGAAGGUGUAGAUAGUCAUCGAUAUAACAG